UAGCUAUGGCCGCGUAUGCCACACGCACACUACGCUCGCAAAUUCUACCAUCUGCUCCACCGGCCCCACCUAAUAAAUCCGAGUAGAUGCUGGAUUAUCAACACAUUCCUAUCAGUGUUCCUCUCAGAUUUUAUAAUGAAGGUCAACUCAAAGAUUUCUUUUGAUCCCACUGCACUCGAGAAAGUUUACAUCAAUUUGCGCAGCUUGGAGUGCUCGGUUGGCCUUCUAACAAACGCACUCAACAGCCAAAGCCUGCCAGAAUUACUCCAAUGGACACUGAAAGCAAUCACCCUCACCGAUCUAACGACACUCGGCGGUGACGACACCCAAGCCAACGUGGAAAGAUUGUGCUUCCGGGCCGCAUAUCCUCUUCCGGGACGACAAGUUGAUGCUGAGCUGUUCGGAAAAAUACACACAGCUGCGGUUUGUGUGUAUCCAAGUCGCGUGGCAGAUGCCUUCAUGUCGCUGAGAGCUUUACACAGAGUGGACAGUAUUCAGAUUGCUGCAGUUGCAACCGGUUUUCCGUCCGGCCAGUACCCACUGAGUACUCGUUUACUCGAGAUUGGGUAUGCCAUCGAAGAGGGUGCAACCGAAAUCGAUGUUGUGGUGAACAGAAGUUUAGUGUUGAACAACAAAUGGGAGCAGCUGUAUGAUGAGAUAGCACAAAUGCGAGACGCGUGUGGGGACAAAGCUCAUCUGAAGACCAUUCUGGGCAUUGGGGAGUGUGGAACGAUGGUCAACGUUUACAAGGCAUCGAUGGUGGCAAUGAUGGCUGGGUCAGAUUUUAUUAAGACGUCGACCGGAAAAGAAGCGGUUAACGCUACCUUGCCAGUAGGUUUGGUCAUGAUUCGCGCUAUUCAAGAAUUCCACCGGCUCACACGAAAGAAAAUUGGUCUGAAACCGGCUGGAGGUGUUCGCACUGUUAAGGAUUCUAUAGCAUGGAUGCUUAUGGUUAGGGAAACUCUGGGUGAUGAGUGGCUAAACCCCACAUUAUUCCGCUUCGGAGCGUCCGGUCUGCUUGAUGAUCUAGAAAAGCAAUACUAUCAAAUAACAGCUAAACUACAGGAAAAGAAACAUACUGUUUGAUUUGUUGUGUUUUAUUUUAUUGAAAUUUAUAUAAUAGAAAACAAUAAAUAUCUACAACGAA